AUGAGGUGGCCUACUAUUGUUCUCGGCUUCCUCGCCGUUGCCGCGGCCCAGGCCGAAUCUACAGAAUCGACCGAAUCUACCGAAUCCACCAAAUCUACCAAAUCAUCCACGGAAUCCGGGAAGACCACCGAUGAACCCACCAUUGUGUCAGUCACGACUCCCAUCGCCAUUCCCUCCGGUACCUACCAAGACCUCACUACAACAAUCACACUGGGUGAUGGCGACAAGUCGGUCAUUGCAUCGACCACUCAACACAAUGGCACCAUGACUGCCUCCAACCAGACGCAGGCAAUCACUAUGACUUCCGACUCCUUGACUUUGCUAGUGGGCGGCGGAGGCGGAGGAACGACGGUGAUCGGGAACAAUAGCAUGAACGCAACUGCGACUACGACCAGUACAUCUACCCAAGCGCCUGUCGUUAACACCCGACCUUGCAACGACUACCCCGAGUUCUGUGCCAGGAAGUACUCCAACAUUACCAUGGUCGCAGCACACAACAGCCCGUUCGUGCGCAAGAACAGCGUCGCCGCCAACCAGGUACUGGAUGUGACAACACAAUUGAAUGAUGGAAUUCGGCUGCUGCAAUUCCAAACGCACUACGAGAACGGCACAAUGUACUUGUGCCACACGACCUGCCAAUUGCUCAAUGUCGGCACACUUGAAGCAUACUUAGUCGAGGUCAACACGUGGAUGCGGAAGAACCCAUACGACGUGGUGACCUUCAUCAUCGGCAAUUACGACUAUGUCUCGCCCGCUAAUUUCACCACCCCAAUCUAUAACUCCGGACUGAAGGACCUCAUAUACACCCCCACCAAGGUCCCAAUGGGCCUGGGCGACUGGCCCACACUCUCGGAGAUGAUCCUCAGGCAGAAGCGUGCAGUCUUCUUCAUGGACUACCAAGCCAACCAGACCGCGUACCCAUGGCUGAUGGAUGAGUUCUCGCAGGUGUGGGAGACGCCUUUUUCGCCUACUGACCCCACCUUCCCCUGCACGCAGCAACGCCCACCCGGUCUGUCUGUGGCAGCCGCUAAGAACCGCAUGUACAUGGCCAACCACAAUUUGAACCUGCAGCUGAACCUCGGCUCUCUGAGCUUGUUGAUUCCCAAUACUGCUUCGAUUGACGAGACCAAUGCUGUGAACGGCAGUGGCAGUCUAGGCGCAAUGGCCAGGGAAUGUAACUCAACCUGGGGCAGUCCUCCCAACUUCCUUCUGGUCGAUUAUUAUAAUUACGGCAAUUUCAACGGCUCGGUCUUCGAGGUCGCUGCCCAGAUGAACAAUGUCACUUACAACCGUAAAUGCUGUGGCAAGACAUCUGGCGCGCUGCGCGAGGUCUCUGUCGCUGGUAUUUCGACGGUGCUUCUGGUGGCAGUGGGAGUGCAGGUGGUGAUGUCUGCGUUCUGA